AUGUGUUUUUCAUUCUACCAAGGAUUGCAACCUCUUCUUGCUUGUUAAUUUCAGUGAAUUUGUGUUAAAUCAUAGCUAGUAUUUUGGUGAUCGCUUAUUCUUUUAGAUAUUGAGAGAUGUGUGGCUCAGUGAAGAGCACGUUUCUUCUCACAUGAACUAUUUUGCUUUUGCAAGAAGUGUUCUACUUUACAUCUCAAUCCAAGUCUCUAUCUCAGCCAGUGUGAUAUAAGAUGAAGACAUGCACAAUUAUUAUGGCGAUGCACGUGAUUGCUGCCCUGCUGCUCGGCCUGGGACUGGUCGCCGCGGAGAAUCCAGUGGCUCUCAGCGGCACCUACACGGCACCCGAGCCGGCCGCGCCAGAGUACCAGCCGCCAGCGGUCGAGUACCCCGCCCAGCAGUACGACGCACCCGCCCCGCAGUACGACGCUCCCGCCCAGCAGUACGACGCACCCGCCCAGCAGUACAGCGCUCCCGCCCAGCAGUACAGCGCUCCCCAGCCGGUGGUGCAGUACAUCCAGUCGCACAUGGGCUACGACUCCUACGAGGGCGACUCAAAGGGACUCUUCAAGAAAGGCGGCAGCUCGUUCCUCAACAAGUUCGGCCUGGACUUUGUCUUCACGGGCUUCAUGAUCGCCGGCAUCGUGAUGGUGCUCGCCAUCAUCGGCGUGGUGACGGUGCCCGGCCUGCCGUUCACAGCCAGCGUCCUGCCGACCGUCACGGACCUGUUCAAGGCGCGCAGUCUCGACUCUGCCCGCAGUCUGGCCUCCUCUGUCCUCGACAGCGGCCUGUUCGGUGACCUGUCGGCUGCCGAUGUGGCCGGCGCUGUCACCUACGUCGACGAGGCCAUUGAGCGCGCGCGCAGGUUCAUCGCCGAUUACCCGCAGUGACGGGUGUCGGUCCUAAAACGGGUAGCUCUGGUGGUGUUCUGAAACCGACGCGAGGCAAAGGGUUCGACGAUCGUCGAUAAUGACGAUCUGAAGACGCACGGGAAAGGCUGUCAGGCUGUGUGGGAGAUGUGUAUGAAAAUGCUCCAACGUGAAAUUGUGCGACUAAUUGGGCGUGAAAUUGGCGACGCCUUCAUUUGAGCCUGCGAAGUGUAAUAUGUGUCGAUGGUCACAAGGUAAAAGCGAUUGUGCACAUUUACGAGUAAUCAAUCCCAUUGAUACUGUAUGUACUAUGUACAAUAGCGAGCUGUCUCUGUGAUCAAGUAAUACAAAAAGCACAAAUUA